AACCCCUUGAACAGUAGUGUACUGGAAUUCUUUAGUUAAUCCUUCUUGUGUUAUGUGUUUCUGUAGAGCUGAUGGCCGAGGCGCGUGUCAUGGAUCAGAUGAGCAGUGGGGACAGCUCCUCAGAUUCCCACAGUUCCUCAUCCUCCAGUAGCGGGGACAGCUCCAGCAGCAGUGACUCAGAGGAUCGCCCCCCACAUAAUUUGGCCCCAGCUCCCCCCCAGAGCACCUCUGCUCUCAACACAUCUCAAAGCCGUGUGGAGGAGAGCAGCGGGCAUUUAAUGAACACACUUAAAAAUGAUCUCCAGUUGAGUGAGUCUGGGAGUGAAAGUGACGAUGACUAACUGCAAAGACGUGUGGGACACCUGAUGCUGAAAGAGGGUCAGGUGUUCAGGAAGUGUUUUCACUAGUUAACUUUGUGAUACCUGAAUCCAAAUCCCUGUCAACUUCUCAGUUAGGAAAUCUUUUUUUCCCCCCCAGUAAUACUUGGAUCAGCAAAAGCUGUGCAAUUGGACACAUUGCUGGGGGGGUUUCUGUAUUGGUAAAUUAAGAAAAAGUAUUUAUUUUGUUGAGAAUGCUACUGCAUAGAUGUUAGUUUUAUAGGAAUGUCCUAUAAUUGCUUCCUCAGAGGUUAUAGAAAUAUAUCUGUUUGUGAAAUAACUGUUUAGAAAGGUCACCAUGGUCGUCUUAUAAUAUAUACAUAAUUUUUUUUUUUUUUUUAGGCUUAAAAUACU